AUGGAAACUCUUGCAGGAAAGGGAAAGUCAAAUGCCAUUGCCUCCGUUGUGGUUCAGAGACAACAUCCCAAGAAGCAACGGGUUGGGUUCACUCAACCUUCCAAUUUACCAAACAUCAUUCUCUCAAAAAAUGAGUCUUUGCAAAGAGAAUCUGCAAUCUCCUGGAAUAACGUCAACCUUGAAAAACCAAAUUCCAUAAACAACUUUCUUCUUUCCUCUCAAAUUCAUGAACUUGAUGUUUGGGACAUCAAUGAGUAUCUUCGUGUCUUGGAGGUGACUAUAAAAAGAAGACCUGUGGUUAACUAUAUUCAUAAAGUUCAAAGAACAAUUACCUCCAACAACAGAGCAGUACUGGUGGAUUGGUUAGUAGAAGUUGCCGAGCAGUACAAUCUUCUCUCCGAUACUCUUCUGCUCUGUGUGUCAUACAUUGAUAGAUUUUUAUCAGUCCAGCCCAUGAUCAGAUCGAGGCUUCAAUUGUUGGGUGUUUCCUGCAUGUUCAUUGCUUCGAAAUAUGAAGAAAUUAAUCCACCCAGUUUGAAUGAGUUUUGCAACAUCACUGACAACACCUAUGACAAAACAGAGAUUAUAAAGAUGGAAGCUGAAAUACUCAAGGCCUUAAAUUUUGAGAUGGGAAAUCCUACUGCAAUCACUUUUUUGAGGUUUUUAUCUGGUGCUGCUUCUGAUUAUGAAAAAACUCCAAAUUGGAAGAUUGAAUUUCUGGGCUGGUAUUUUGCUGAGCUAAGUUUGUUGGAUGAUGAUUGUAUAAGAUUCUUGCCCUCUGUUGUAGCAGCUUCCGCUUUAUUUCUGGCGAGAUUUUUUAUUGAUCCUAAAGUGCAUCCUUGGACUUCUUUCUUGUUUGAAUGUUCGGGUUACAAACCAGUUGAGUUGAAAGAGUGUGUUCUCAUCUUGCAUGAUUUGCAUUUGUCAAGGAAGGCAGAAUCAUUCGAAGCUGUUAGGGAGAAAUACAAGCAGCACAAAUUCAAAUACGUGUCAAAUCUACCUUCUCCUUCAUAUGUACCAAGUUACUACUUUGAAGACCAGUUGCAUAUGACUGAUCAGCAAAAGUUAU